AAAAAUAUUAAGAUGGCAAUGAACACUGGGCUUUCAAUUAAAAGGCUGACCAAGGAGUUCUCAGACAUGCAGAAGAAACCUAGUUAUAUGUACUAUGCAGAACCAGUGAAAGGAGAAAUGUUCGAGUGGCAUUUCACAAUCAGAGGUCCUCCUGGCACUGACUAUGAAGGGGGGCUCUAUCAUGGAAUCAUCUUGUUCCCUGAGAAAUAUCCAUUUAAACCUCCAUCAGUACAGUUUUUAACUCCGAAUGGGAGGUUUGAGACGAAUACGAAAAUUUGUCUUACAUUUACGAACUUCCAUCCAGAGUAUUGGCAGCCAGCUUGGACUGUGAGGACUAUAUUACUUGGUCUGAUCUCUUACAUGCCUGUAGAGGAGGAAACCUUAUCUAUCGGAUCGAUCAUGUGAACACCAGCAGAGAGGAAAAGACUGGCUAAGGCUUCUCAAUUUUGGAAAUGUCAAACCUGUAAAUCAAUCAAGGAACUUAUCGCUGAUAAGAUGACUGAGGAGAAUAAAGUCAACGAUGAUGCAACACCAAAGGAAGAACUUCCAGAAUUUAAGUUGACUAAAAAGGUGAGCAGAAAACCUCAAGAAGACUCAAAAAUUUCUGACGGGGAAGAAACUCCUGAUGAGAACGACCCACUUAUUCAGGAAGAAGAGAAAGAGGAGACUAGGCUUGGCGUUGAGAAGGAACUGGAAGAGAUAGAACGUAAUCAGAAGCAUUUAGAGGAAGAAAAGAACCAAAUAUUCAACAAUCCAGCAGAAAUACAGCUUGAUGAAGAGAAAAGGGAGUACAGAGAUUUUAUUGAGCUUCAACGACAAAAUGCAACCAAGAAAGCAUCGAGAUGCUUUGGAUUUCUAUUUGUCUUAUGGAUUAUCAUCGGGAUUUCUAGCAUGUAUUACCCAGAGCUACUUAAGGAAAUUUUUGAAUUGAUAUUGUAA